AUGUUCUCCGCUCCCGCCUUCCGCAUGGCUAGCGCCUCGAUGUGCAAGCGACCCAGCGUCGCUACUUCGUCGCUCGCCAAGUCGACCUCGUUCAUGACCACCCGCGGCCUCGCCAUGCCCGUCACGAACGCACCCACCUCGGCCUACGCCAAGGAGAAGGGCCCCGACGGCAACUACACCGUCACCCUCAUCCCCGGCGACGGCAUCGGACCCGAGGUCUCCAACGCCGUCAAGGAGAUCUACAAGGCCGCAAAGGUCCCCAUCAAGUGGGAGGAGGUCUCGGUCGCCCCCUUCAUCAAGAACGGCAAGCAGACCAUCCCCGAGGAGUCGAUCGUCUCGAUCAAGAAGAACACUGUCGCCCUCAAGGGUCCCCUCGCCACCCCCAUCGGAAAGGGACACGUCUCGCUCAACCUGACCCUCCGCCGCACCUUCCACCUCUUCGCCAACGUCCGACCUUGCAAGUCGAUCGAGGGCUACAAGACGGCCUACGACAACGUCGACACUGUUCUCAUCCGUGAGAACACCGAGGGAGAGUACUCGGGCAUCGAGCACGAGGUCGUCGACGGCGUCGUCCAGUCGAUCAAGCUCAUCACCUACGAGGCUUCCGAGCGUGUCGCCCGCUACGCCUUCCACCACGCCCAGCAGAACGGCAGGAACAAGGUCACCGCCGUCCACAAGGCCCCCAUCAUGAGGAUGUCGGACGGCAUGUUCCUCCACGCCUGCCGACAGGUCGCCAAGGAGUACCCCGACAUUGCCUACGACGAGGAUCUGCUCGACCGCGCCUGCCUCCGCAUCGUCCAGGACCCGGCGCCGUACGCCGACCGCGUCAUGGUCAUGCCCAACCUGUACGGCGACAUUCUCUCGGACAUGUGCGCCGGCCUGAUUGGCGGUCUCGGCCUGACGCCCUCGGGCAACAUUGGCAAAGACGCCUCGAUCUUUGAGGCCGUCCACGGCUCCGCGCCCGACAUUGCCGGCCAGGACAAGGCCAACCCCACUGCGCUGCUGCUCAGCUCCAUCAUGAUGCUGAGGCACAUGUCGCUCUUUGACAAGGCCACGCAGAUUGAGAACGCCGUCUUCAAGACGAUCGCCUCGGGCGACAGGACGGGAGACCUCGGCGGCAAGCUCGGCACCAAGGCGUUCACCGAGAGCAUCAUCUCGCGCCUCUGA